UCGAAAGCAGCACAGAUGGUUCAUAAGGGAAUAAUUCAGGGGUGGAGGAGGAAACAGAGAAAAAAAAAACACGAAAGUUCACAUGCAGCUCAUUAGACCUAGCUACACACCGGUAGAAGAAGGGCACAGAGUAUCAGGACCUGAGCAAGCAGUUGUUUCUUUUUCCUCGCAGAGCCUUGAAAAGUCCCUUCCCAGUGUUCUCAGUUGUCUAAGGAAGUAUUUCCUGUGCAGGAGGAGGAGCACACAGUCAGACAACUUGUUGCAAGGCAAUUCAGAGAAAGUUGACGACUCACACAGCGCCAUCUUCAAUGUGAUAAUUGGUGCCGUCAUUGCUGUGGUAGUCCUGGUCUUCAUCUGCCUGCUCUUCGUGCUCUUUCGCUACAUGUACCAACACAAGGGCACGUACCACACCAAUGAGGCCAAGGGCAGUGAAUUCGCCGAGACGGCAGACGCAGCCCUCCAGGGAGAUCCGGCUCUUCAAGAUGCCAUGGACGAGAGCAAGAAGGAAUAUUUCAUAUGAGUGCUGGAGAGACUGAAUUCAAAUCCAUGGAUUAAUACAGUACAACUUGAACAAUUUUUUUUCUUGAUGAGCCUAAUAUCUGAUCAAAGUUGGUCACAUGGUCACAUGGCGUUCACUGCCAAAGCGUAUACACUCUUAUAUUAACUAUUAUACAACAUACAUAAAUUUUGAGAAGACUUUGGCUGAGUAUUUUGCCUAGUGGACUGGAUUCAUCCAAGAGUGUUAUACUGAAAGUGCACAUCUAUUGGUUGAGAAAAUCGCAAAGAGAAAUUGUGUGUAUUUGACACAAAUCAGCAGGUAAAUGAAGGCAAAGAUGAAAUAUGAAAUGACUGAAAUGACUAUCAAAUAGCGACCAUAAUGCUGUGGACAAAAGAGGUAUAAUAUCUUUCACAUGCAAAUAAGAUGAAAUCUUUAGAUGCGUUCCAGCUUACUGCUGACAAUCAGCAUUGUUUAACUAUGUAUUGGAUCUGAAACAAGAUAGCAUGUAUUCGGUAAAGAACCAGACAGUGAUAAAUUGAUUGUAUACAUUAUUGCUUCUUUUUUGUUCAUCGGCAUGCUGGAUUUUGAAAUGAAAUAGGGACUUUGAGGUUAAAGCACACAAAGGUAUCUUUUAAUUUAAAGUUUUAUAGUCCUUCCAUUUCAGUAGACUUAAAUGAGCAAAUUAACAUAACUGUAAAUUAGACCUACUUGGUACUUGCCUUUAAGACUUUUGCAGUCGACUGCCUGAAACCUGCAACACUUGGACAUGACCAGGUCCUCUGGGUAUAUGCACUGCCCAGGCCUGAAAUGUAGCUAUUUUUGAUUACCGCUUGAAAUGCACGCUCAGUGAGCCCUGAAAAAGUUAAGUGAAUACCAGCUACUGGGUGUUGAAGCAUAUUGGUUGGAUCUGGGCAGUUAGAAUGCUCCAGUUCACUUCAGAAUUCAUCCUGCUGCUGUUGUCACCUGUCACAUCAAUUAAGUAAAGUGAGGCGGUUCUUCUGGCAACCAAACAUGUCCAAGCCAAACCGUGACACCACCUCCAUGUUUUUCAGAUGAGGUAGUGUGCUUUGGAUCAUAAAGUGUCUUUUCCUUCACGCUUUCCUCAUUCCAUCAGUCUGCUGCAGAUUCAUCGUCACCUCAAAUGUCCAUAAGUCUCCGUCAUAUAGUUCCACCUUACAACUAAAGCUGACCACAUGAUUUUUAACUUCAGAGAUUUUGUUACAUUUCAAAUCGAGUGUACUGGACAAGAGAGACUUAAACACUCACACACACACACUAAGUAUAUUUAAAUCUACAGUAUAUGAAAGCCUUAAUAACAGGUAUUCAGUAUUUACUUGUUAUUUUUGACUCUUGAGCAAGUUCACUUAUAACUGUUCAACCAAAAUGCAAAAUCGAACAUGAGGAAAACCCGUAAUGUGAUUGGAAAUGCUCAUAAGUGAUAGUGGGGCGAUAUAUAUACGACAUCUACAGUAGUUUCUUCUUUAACCCAAUUAAACUCUCCGGAGCUACUGUGUUUCCCGACAUACUGCUUACUCUUAUAAUUGCAUGCCUGUCCUAUUAGUUUCACUGUACCUACUGAAUCAUUUAUAGUAGCUACUGAAUAAUGUGCUUUAAUAUGAGCCAAAUAAUAAGCCUGCUUUUACAAAUGGCAAGAUUUUUAUUAAACAAGUUAUUGAUAAAUCUUUUUUUGUGGGCAUCAUAGAAAGGUCCACAUCUGUCCUACUACCAGGGUUUUAUUACCUUGAGAUAAGUUAAUAUUGUAAGAGUUUGAUUACCAUUUGUGACUUUAUGCAUUAGAAAUAUCCAGAUCCAUGGUCACUGGGUAACCCGGGAUUGAGAUUAAUAAAAGGAUAAGAAAAAGAUGUGUAAUGAAGUGGGGCAGCUGUGGCUCAGGUGGUAGAGCAGGCUGUCCACUAAUCGUAAGGUUGGCAGUUUGAUUCCCGGCCCACAUGACUCCACAUGCUGAAAUGUCCUUGGGCAAGACACUGAACCCCAAGUUGCUCCCGAUGUCAAGUUAGCACCUUGCAUGGCAGCUCUGCUACCAUUGGUGUGUGUGUGAAUGGGUGAAUGAGACACAGUGUAAAGCGCUUUGGAUAAAAGCACUAUAUAAGUGCAGACCAUUAAAAAGACUGCUGAAACUCAGGAGGCCUUAAAACUAAAAGUCUUGUGACCACCAAUGAUAGAUAGAUAGAUACUUUAUUGAUCCCGAUGAAAAUAGCAGCAUUACAGUAGUGGUAAAAAGAAAUUCACGGUGCACAGUGCAAAGCACAAAAAAAAAUCUAAUGGAAAUCAAUAAUAAUAAUAAUAAUAAUAAUAAUAAUAGGCUCUAGUCCUGGUUCUGUCUUGACAGUAAGGUGACUCUAAGGUGACAAUAUGUAGUGCAGGUGAGAAUGUAUUGACAUUUAUUUUUUUCCAACCUUACCUUUAAGUUCAUUCCAAAUUGACCUCCACAUGCAGUCGAACAUGCAGUCAAAAAUGAUUAGCCUAGUCACAAUGAAUGCCAUGUGACCCUACUGUUUUUCAUGUGAAGUGAUCUUUGCUGCACCUUAACCACAUAAAAAAGUGCAUACAUAAUGCAUAAUUGCUACUGAUGCAUCACAAUUUGACUGAUUAUCCCUCCACUCCAAUCCUCCACACAGUACAGUUAUACUCCUAUAAACACAGUACAAAUGUACUCAAAAGGAAACCUAGCAAGUCAGAUUUUCAGUGAUUAAUUAAAAGCCUCAAGGGUACAGUUGGAAAAUAAACCCAAAGCUCCAAAUCACACACAACCUUCUAACCUUCUCACAUGAACUUCCAUAAUUAACAGAAACUUGCCCAAGGUUUUCUGUUUCUUUCUUUUUUAAGGCAAACCUUUUAGAAAGGUUUUAACCUUUUAGCCUGCUCUGCUGUUAAGUAGCAGUCAGGAUAUACUGUUAGAAACAAAAGGUGACACCUUUACAGUUACCCUUGUAAAAGAAAAAAAACUGUCAAGAUUGAAAAAAAAAAAAAAAAAAAACAGCAAUGAGAUGAUGUAGCAGAUCUGUGCUUGAAAAUAAAAUGUAUUUUUCUUCCA